GUUCAUUCCACGUAUACAUGAGCUGUGGGCGCACGGGAGGGACCGCUCCAGUGAUGCAUAGCAUAGAUUGCAUAGAUGGUUUAAGCACGGCCCACAUACACCAACCACAGGAGAAAAAGUCACCGUUUCCUAUCUAUCUAGUGCCUACCUUACCUGCCAUCGAUGCUCACCACCUGUGACUACCGACGAGUACACAAAGCUGCCGACAUCGAAAAACACGAACAAAUACACACAUGACCGGCCGUCCAUCCAUCCAUCCAUCCACUCGACCCAAAGUCACUUGUCCAUCCACAUCUGAUCUCUCUCUCUUCGUCUCGUCAUACACAGCGCACACACUGAAACCCGACCGACAGAAAAGCUAGGCGACCACAGCGACCUCUGAGUGGUCGUCGGCGGGCAGAGUGAUGACGGCCUCCAUGGUCACACUGCCGUCUUGGUUGGCCCGCUCACCCAAACCGCCACCGCCACUCGUCUUGGAGAAUGUGAAUUUGGCCACGUGUGUGUCGAAUGUGCUGCCGCCGUCCUUGGUCAUGAAGGAGCGGACCUUCACCGUCUCGCCUGGCACACCGGUGAUCAGCACGUGCAGGUGAUACGUCGUCCCUGAAGACAGACAACACACCAGCACACACACCGCCACACACACACUCAGACAGACAGACAGAGUGGCCACACGUGUGCCUUGUUCUCUGGCAGCCAUGAUGUGUGUGAUCUCUCUGCCGGCUCUCUCUCCCUCUCAGGGGGCGUGUGUCGUGUCGGUCACCGCACCCACCCUGUCUGACGAAGAAGACCUCAUCGAACCGUUUGGGCGAGAUGGGGACGAUUUUGUCUGGUUCUCCGAUCAGCGCCACCAUGAUUUCGGGCCGCUGACCGUGCGUCCACAGGGGAGACGCGUACACUAAAUGAGGCCGGUCACCCAAACCACCCGCUGGCACAACCAAAGGGCUGUCGGCCGUCCACAGCUCCACCUGCACUCACACACACACACGCACACACACACACACGCACACACGACACUGUGAAUGAGCUGGAGUGGAUGGGUGCGUGUCUGGUUGCUGGCCUUGUCGGGCUGUGUAGGCCUCCAGAUGGCCCACAUGUCCCAUUUCUUGAGGUGAGGGUAGUGGUCUAGGCUGACGUGGUAGUCGUGUGUGAGCCGGAAGCCCAGGAAGAUGUAGAACCGGUGCUUCCCGAUGUGAGUGUACGUGUAGUACAUCUUAUCCGCAUAGUCCACAGACACACCACCGGAGCCAAAGGUGGGCGCCUUGAAGGCCUUGCUCGAGUAGUGAGAAUCCACAAAGGCGAUCGGCCGGGAAGGCUUCAGAAUCCUCCCUGCACAAGGACAACAGGGAUGGGCGGGGCGCAUUGCGCUUGUCUGAGUGCAUGUUCACCCACUGACCGUCUUGUCUGCAGCAUUUUGCGACGAGUUGCCAGUCGGUGAGGCCGAUUUUGUCGCCGACGGCCACAGGUCCGGUGGAGAGGGUGGCCAUGGCCAGCUGUAGGUCGGGGAAGGGCUCGUUGAACCCGCCGUACUUGUCCGUCGUCGCAUUGGUCGACCAAAACACAUCUUUGAAGGGCGCGAUGCCCAGCGACUGCACACACACAUGCACACACAACCGUCAAGCAUGAGACUUCUUUCCUCUUGGCUGUGUGGCGGCUGACUGAGCUGACUGCCUGACCCUUAUGAUUGGUGCGGUGAUGCCGAUGUCCCACUGCAGGUUGCCGGGGGUGUAGUCGUCGGAUGCGCGUAUGGACGCGACAGGGUUGUACUGCACCGCAGCCAUGAUGUGCCGCGGGUACGGCAUGCACAGCUGCACCGCCACACCAUACUCACCUGCCGUCCUGCACACACACACAGACACACACAUAUGGGGGCUUGUGUGGGCAGAGGGGUGUCUGUAUUGUAUUGGACUGCAGACAUGGUCAUGAGGCUCAUGUAUCUGGCGAGCAGGUUGACGUCUUGUGUGAGCUGUGGCAUGAACUCGACCAUGAAGUACAGCCAAUCCUGCUCGUACAUCCGCAGGCCCCAGCCAGUGCUGGCGUAGGACGGACACCACACACACACACACACACUGUGCGGCCGCCAAAGAGGCGCCUGUGUGUGUCUGUUUACUUACGCGUUUCUGUAUAGGUCGUGCCAGAAGACGGGGUCGACGGACACGGCCAUCUGGCUGUCGGUGUCGCGGAUGAAGCUGUACUUGCCGCCGUUGGCAUUGUCGUACGGACUGUCAGUCGCAAAGUAGCGAUUGUGCGCUGCAUGGAUGGAUCCAACACACACACACAUCACAGACAAGGUAAAGGUAAGGGCAUGCGCGGCUGGUCGGUUGUCUGUGGUGCAGAUGGUCACCAGCGAGUGGCAGUCCGAGUUUCUUGUGGAGUUCCCUGAGGCCGUUUGGGAAGAUCUCUGCGUCGGCGUCCCACGUGUAUGUGCCCUGGUGCUUGAGCGUCUUGCGGUAGAACCACGAGUCAAGCUGCAGGCCCUGCAGUCCAUCCAUGACAGCAAGCGGCCCGCAGAGUAAAGGGUGAGCUCGAUUGUGUGUUGUGUGUCGUCUCCUGUCUGCCUUACUUUGAGUUCCAUGGGAGUCUGUUCCUGCCAGUACCGCUGCACCCCCAGCAGACUGUCCUCGUACGACGUCUUCUCCUCUGUGUGGUAAUAGUAAUACGCUGACACACACACACACACACACACACACACACAUGCGUGGACGUAUGUCGCAACACACGAGCAGCACUGACCUCCGUUGUCAGUCCAGUAGGUGACGUAUUCGGAGAAGAGGUCGAAUGGCCGCCGCUCGCUCUCAGGGUAGAAGGACCGCAGCACCACUCCCCACUUGUCAAUCGCCUCGUUCAUCCCCCCCUCGGUGCAGAAGACCAUCGUGUGCAUCACCAGGUGCCCGUAGCUCUCUACCGACCCCAUCACGCCCAUCUGAAACUCUGCCGGCGAACCAUCCGUGUCGUUCUUGACGCCCAGAGAGAACGACUCGAACCGGUUGGCGGGCGACACGACACACACGAACUGCUGUUUCUCGUCGAACAGGAACAGCGGCAGGCCGCCCUUGAUGCCCUUGGGGAUCUUCUUGACGUCACUCGUGCUGCGAGAGAAGGGGCCGUACUGGGGCGACCAGCCGAACGGGCCGUAGAGGGACGCGUAGCCGAUCUUCUGUUCAGCGGAUGGCAUGUCGAAGACGGGGAAUGCCGUGGACAGGUCGUCCUUGUCGGCCGCUGCAGUGUCCUGCAAGCCGAAUGGGAAGAAGUGGUCGAAGAACACACAUGACGACCCCAGCCGAUGGAUCUUGGUGGCGAACAGGUAGUCCACCGGCGCCUGUGCCUGUGUACGCAUGGCCUGCUUGGGUGGUGCCUUGGCCUUAAGCUGCUUGUCGCCCCAGUAGAAGCGCCACCGCUCGUAGUCAUAGUCGGGCUCAGAGAGGUAGGUCUGCUUGGUCAGGUUGAGGGCGCCGUUGGCCGGUGACAUGGUCUGGCCCUUGCGGGUGACGAAUGCGUGGCGGGACGAGUUGAGGUGCAGCAGCUGCUCGUCCACGCCGCCCUUGCGCUUGACGACGCUCAUCUCGUAUCUCGGGAGCCGAGCGGCUUCGUUCGUGUGGACAUUGAUGCGCAGAUGGAUGCCAUCCUCGUUGUGCUUCUUGAGGCCGCAGUGGUGUGGGAUGCCGUGCGGUAAGUCCGUCAGCUUGAAGGCGUCGCUCAGGCAGCUCAGCUCUCCGCGAACGACGCAUGCACACACAACGAGAGAGAUGACCAGAUCUAUGGUACGCAGCAGCCGCAUCCUUUUCAGAGAGGCCAUGCUCUGGCGCAUUUCCCUCCUCG